AUGGAGCAUCUGAAAGACUUCGAAUUGGCUGAUGACGUUGCUCUCCUAGCACAACGGCGCUCUGACAUGCAGAGUAAGCUUGAUGAUCUUGCCGAUCGCUCCUUAACGGCAGGUCCCAAAAUCAACGUCAACAAGACCAAAUCGUUGGAUAUAAAUACGGUCAACCCUUCCAGCUUUACGGUAGCUGGGCAAGCAGUGGAGAGUAUCGAAAGCUUCCAAUAUCUUGGUAGCCAAAUGGCGUCUGAUGGAGGCACCAAGAUCUACAUAGGAGCACGGAUCAAGAAUACGAGGACUGCUUUUGCGAGUUUAAGAAAUAUCUGGAAAAACAAUCAGAUUAGUCGACGCACCAAAACCCGAAUAUUCAACUCGAACGUGAAAUCUGUACUACUAUAUGCCAGUGAGACCUGGUGCGUAUCAGUGGAGAACACGCAGGGGCUGCAGGUUUUCAUCAAUACAUGCCUGCGGUACAUAAUUCGUGCGUGGUGGCCUCGCAACAGGAUCUCUAAUGCUGAGCCCCAGCGUCGAUGUCAUCAGAAGCCGAUGGGAACGAAAGUGGAGGUGUAUCGGCCACACUCUGCGCAGGGGCGGAAACGAAAUCUCCAAGCAAGCGUUAGACUGGAACCCAGCAACUGGAAUCGCAUCAGAGGCAGACCCAGAGGCUCAUGGCGGCGCAGCCUCAACAAGGAAAUAAAAAAAGUCGACGAAAGUUUAACCUGGCAGCAGGUCAAGGCGAUGGCGGGCAAUCGCCCAAGAUGGCGAUCUUUCACAACGGCCCUGCGCACCACCAGGGGUGCGCAGGAAUAA